AUGCCGGAUGAAAAACAGUUCCCACUGAGCGUCCAGGCCGGAGCAGGCCACGCUGGUGUCACUGACGGCAGCGGCUACCGUCAAUCUGGGCAGGACUCGGCAGAGGCCAUGGAGCUCUCCACAAGGAUGGUGGCAAGGUUGGUUGGCAUGCCCAUCCAGGCCCUCGUCACCAGUGACGAGACAGGGAGUAGGGUCGAUUUCCAACUCAUCAGCGGAGGGAAGCUUUUCUGCCUUACAGAGCCGAUGGCCUUGGAUGCCAUGUUGAAAGACCUCCGAGGCGCCGUGGAAACGGCGCUGGGCCUAAGAUUGAAAAGAGUCACUGCCUUUUCCGAGCAUGACCCUUCCAAUCUGCUCGACGACUCUUGCGAGCUGAAGAAGUACAACGGCAAGUCACUUGUGCUUACAUUCUAUGAUGACUUCGGAGAUUGUCGCAGGUUUCUGCAAGCGAUGGAAACCGAAGCCUUCAAUCCCCAAUCGGAAGGCUUCAAUGCUAAGUGGACUUUGAAGGCUUUCGCGAGCGAGCCGGAGGUCAGAGCUGGAGACGUGAUAAAUUUUCUGCAGACCCUUGGGGUGCCAGAAGGCAAGACCGUCGACUUCAUGCAGAUCUUUGGGCGACUCACAUCGAUGGCAGAGCAGUGGAACAUGUUCUGCCUUGCUCUUCUCCAAAACUUUGAUCCUGGGUUGCGCACCUUCAAGCAUUUCAUGUGCCAGCACUGGCUGCAGCUAGCAAAAGACUCGGUCACGCAAAAGGUGCCUCAAAGCCCUUCCCCUGUCUUUCUUCCACGCGUGAAUGAGCGUGCAACCGUUUUCGACACAAAAAUGUUCUCUGUUGAUGGCUGCUUUCCCACGAUGUUCCCCGCACACUUGAUACACACGCUGAAAGUGAACGACGCUGAGUGCAUUGGGCAUUCCAUGCUUGCGUGUGCAUCCUUGAACUCUGACUGGUUCACCGGCCAGUGGGUGGAAAAAUACAAAGAAGCUGUUCAGACAGAUAAGGAGUUGGAGCAGGGUGGGCCAUUGAAGCGACAUGAUGUUGUGAGGAUGAUGCAUGUGCAGCUGCGGUUGUCUUGCGGCAUCCGCGUCGUGGAAGUUGAAGGGAAACUGCACAUUCCUUUGCUCCAGGGUGCGGCGAAGUUGCUGCAGUGGCACUUGGAGGAAGUCACUCAAGGGAGCGGAGACCUUGGACUUCAGCAUGUGUUAAGAGAUCUUCUCGCAGAUGCAAAGAAAGAGGUGCAGCAGCUCGCCAUGAGAGGGGUACUGAUGCUGGUGCAUCUUUCCUCCAGCCAUACGCAAGAUGAUCUCAGGCUUUGCCGGAGCUUGAGCGAGAUGUCCGUCCGCUUCAUCCUCUGUUCUCCGGAGGCAGCGCCCGGAGCGGCAGGGGCGAUCGACGCUGGAGCGCCAAAGCAUCACGUGCCUCUGGGUUGGAACGGCGAUUGGUCCCUUGAAGCUUUCGGCCCGGACUUUAAUGCCUAUUUCGAACGCCUGCCCUACAAUAACUGCCAGUUCGAGACUUGGGAAGGAUUCGAUGAGACUUUGUCCAAGUUCAAGGAUUUUGCUCGAGAGAACGGCCCCUUUGACGGAGUGGUCGGCUUCGAUCAGGGAGGCGAGUUCAUUGCUCAGGUGGCAUCCCGGGCCAACGAGGGCGACGAGUCCUUGUCGGAGAUCUUCCGCUUCCUGAUCCUCUUCACUUCAACCGCCCCGAAGCAUCUUUCGCCGCUGGGCUCGCGCCGGCCCGCCACGCCGAUUCGACUGCCGGUGUUGCUGAGCUGGUGCGAUGGGGAUCCCAACCACCCCUUCCAGGAGUAUGAGGAGCUGCCGCUCUUCUUCCACCGGGACUUCCGAGAGGUCAUUCGUCACGACGAGGGUCAUCUGCCUCCGACCUUCAGGAAGGGGACAGAAUCCUACGACCGCUUCGCUCGAUUCCUUGAGGCGAUGCAGCAGGGAGACGUCUUCGUUCCCACCGACCAUAAGGAGAAUCGACAAGUGGCGAAUCUUUUCCUGCCGCUGCGCCGGUCUCCGGCAGUGUCGAGACCACGAGGACGCAGGCGCCUACUUGUGGCGGCCGUGCCGGGAGGGUCCAGCGAGGAGGAGGCUAACUACAUCCAGGGCUUGGAGGAUGCGGUUGCUCGCGGCGAGAUGAUCGAGCUGGAGGCGCAACCCUUCGUGCGGAUCGGCAGCACGCCGGAUCCUCUGGGACGUGCACGGCUGAUGUCUGAGCUUUGCCUCGUGGGCGCUGAAAGCUUCGCGGUGAGUGCCGGGGAUGUAACGGUCCAGGUCCAGGCUGUGGCAUACAGCGAGGAGCAGCAGCUUUUCGACUGGCACCCCAGACCAGAUGAAGUGCCAUCGCACCAGCUGCGUCGGCGCGACGUGAUCCUGGACGAGAGCCACGAUGCACGUGCCCGUGACUGGGCCAGGGGCUGGGCGCAACGAGCCCUCGCAGAGCCCCGCGACGACGAGGCUCUCUUCCUGGUCGGCUGUUGUACUGGUGCCUUUCUGGCCUUCGCGCUUGCGAGGGCCUUCAUCGAGGACUUCGGCAUAACCCCGGCUGGCCUGUUCCUCGUCAACCCGACGCCACGGCUACCUUGGAGCACGACGGCCAUGCCCGGGGCACUGCAGGACUGCGCUGUGCACGUCUUCGUCGACGGCACGGCGACCUAUGGCCCCCCUUGGCGCUACGAGGUGUCGACCAUGGGGUCCUUUUCGGUGAAGCGCUACAGCGAUGUGCAGGACAUGGUGCAGCAGGUUCUACAAGAAGUGAAACACAGCUGA